GCUGCCUCGCCGGAGUGCUGAGGAGACAAUGAAAUGGAACGUGGACGGCCGUUGUGGCUGGCCGGGUGAUCCAUCUGAGACCUAGCCCCACCGUCUCUUGGUAAUGGACGCGUGGCCGGGAGCUCGGGGAUGAUCCUUAUUCCUUAGUACGCGUGGACGAGGAGGAAGAUGGAACAUGGACGCAAAUCUGUAUUUUGAACAGCAGGGCAUGGCCGAAUUCAAUAACCCGCCACCUGGUGCUGUUCGUGGGCGCGUCUCUCCUCUUUUGGUGGAGUAAACCAACAAAUCAGGGCCCGGAGCUCCUCCAACCCCUUCUUUGCUAGUCUCUCCUCCCCGGAGCUUGGAGUACUGCCGAAAUCUGGGCGAAAUUGUGUGGGGGCAAGACGGACAGCCUCCUCUCCCAAUCCCUGCACUACACCGCUUAAAUUCAUCGGGACAAUCAUCAGUCCGUCUGAAGAAUCAAGGUGAUGGAGCCCAGAGCAGCGGGUGUGAGUGCGGCCACGGGGGCCAUGGAACCCGUGCUCGGGAAGCUGGCCGCUCUGCUCGCCGACGAGCACGGGGUUUUCAAGGGUUUCCGCGGUGAUGCGGAGUCCCUCAGGGCGGAGCUCCAGGCGAUGCACGCGUCCCUCAGGAACGUGUCCGAGGCGGAGGAGCCCGAUGAGCGAGCCAAGCGCUGGAUGAAUGCGGUGCGGGAGUUCUCGUAUGAUGUCGAGGACGGCCUCGACGAGUUCGUGCUCUCUGCUGACGACGGAUCUGCUAAUAAGGCAGACGAAUUCGUAGAGAAGAUGAGAAAUUGGUCAAGGGAGACGAUUGAUCAUCGUCGAAUGGGUGAAGAGAUCAGUGAUACCAUCUCCAAGGCUAGCAAUGUAGCGGAGGAUCCCAGGGCCUCCUUUCUCUGCAGGGAGAUGCCUGAGCUCGUUGGCAUCGACGGACCAGCUGGUGAGCUCACCAAAAUGUUGAAUGGAGGAGGGGAAAAUGCGUCAGCGCAGCAACUGAAGGUUGUUUCCAUUGUCGGGCCUGGGGGAUUAGGCAAGACUGCUCUUGCAUGCCAUGUUUACGGCACAUUUGGACAGCAGUUUAAGUAUCGGGCUUUUGUGUCGGUCUCCCGGAAGCCAGAUGUGGUGACGAUUUUGAGGGCUAUUCUCAGCCAAGUGGGGUAUGAUCAAACCAUACCUGGGGAUGCACAAUUGCUGGUCGACAAAGUCACCAAUUUCAUUCAAGAUAAAAGGUACUUCAUCAUUGUAGAUGAUGUAUGGGAUGUUCAAACAUGGGAUAUUAUUAAGCGUGCAUUCUCCAAAAGCAGUUGUGGUAGCAGAAUAAUAACAACGACACGUAUACAUGAAGUAGCCAAAUCAUGCUGUGCUUCAUAUGGGGGUCGUGUUUAUGAGUUAAGCCCUCUCAGUAUUGUGGACUCAGAAAGGUUGUUUCUUAAGAUAGUAUUUAAUUCUGAAGAGCAAUGCCCAUCACAUCUUAAAAGAGUUUCUGAUAAGAUCUUGCAAAAAUGUGGUGGUUUGCCAUUGGCAAUUAUUGCUAUAUCUGGUCUGCUGACUGCUGAUGCACACGAAGAUCAAUGGGAACAAGUUUGUAGUUCUAUCAGGCAUGGACCUGGAAGCAAUCCCGUUGUUGAAAGAAUCAUGAGGAUAUUGUUCCUUAGCUACAUUGAUCUUACUCCUUGCCUAAAAUCUUGCCUAUUAUAUCUGAGUAUAUUUCCAGAAGGCUAUGCAAUUGCAAAGGAACGUUUAAUAAUGAGAUGGAUUGCUGAAGGAUUCAUCCUUGAAGAACAUGGACAUACACUAUAUGAAUCAGGAGAGAGGUGUUUUAAUGAGCUCAUUAACAGGAACCUUAUCCAACCAGGGGACAUUAGUAAGUUUGGUAAGGUGGAAACCUGUCGAGCCCAUGCUAUGAUUCUUGAUUUCAUCAUAUCUAUGUCCAAGGAACAAAAUUUUGUUACUUUAUUAGGUGUACCUGGUGUAAAUCCUGAGUCACAAAACAAGGUCCGUCGCUUGUCUCUACAGGAUACUGAUAGCAGUGAAAUUCCAACUGACCUUGUUAUAUGUAAUGCCCGGUCACUUACAAUUUUUGGGCAUUGUGUAAAAGUGCCAUCUGUCUUGGAGUUUAGACACUUGCGUAUUUUGGAUUUUGAAGGUUCUAUGGAAUUGGAAGAUCAUCAUCUUGCAGAUGUAGACAAUUUGUUCUACCUUAAGUACCUGAGGCUCAAGAAUUCAAAAAUUACAAAGCUUCCCCAGCAUAUAGCAGAGUUACAGUACUUAGAGUCAAUCGACAUAUCUGGAAACAAAACAACAAUUGAACUUCCAUCAACCAUUAAUAGGCUUAGACAAUUGGCCCAUCUUGUCGUUAAUGAUGAAGCUAUAUUGCCAGAUGAAAUUGGAGGAAUCCAAACACUGCAGGUGUUGGAAGGUAUUAAUGUCAACAGUCAGUCAACUAACUUUGUUCGGCAACUUGGUCAACUGACAAACCUUAGGAAGCUGAGCAUAAGUUUUAUCAAUUAUUAUGCUGGUGAUAACUGGAAGGAGAAUCAGGAAGAGAUGGUCUCUUCGAUAUGUAGGCUAGGCCAGGCAAACCUUCAUGUUUUACACAUUACCAUCAAUGAGGGAGCAGAUGAGAUCUUUGAGGAAUCAUGGUGCCCUGCUCCACUUAGUCUCCGGGAAUUGGUCAUUGAGGGUAUAGUCUCAACGGUUCCCAGAUGGGUUGGCUCACUUGUCAACCUCGAGAAAUUACUUAUCCUGAUGUGGGAGGUUGGUCAGGACGAUGUGGUGAUCCUGGGAGGCCUACCUGAUCUCCGUUAUCUCUGUCUCACUGCAUUGGCUGCUGGAUCAAAAGAAGGGCGUCUUAGAGUCACCCAAAGGCAUGGAUUCCCUUCCUUGAGUAGUCUCCAAAUCGGUGGAGAAGAGUGUGGACUAGGACUGAUUUUUGAAGAUGGAUCUAUGACAAAGCUACAAAAUCUCGAGCUCGAAUUUGAUGCAGAGGAAACCAAUUCUCUGACUAAUGGCGAUUUUGAUUUUGGCAUCGAGCACCUCUCCUGCCUCACAAGCACACGCAUCCGUUGUGCUUAUGAUGAAUCCAUCUGUCCCACAUUGGAGGAUGCCAUGGAGACAGCCAUUAAUGCCCAUCCCAACCAUCCCACGUUGGUAUGGACAAAAUGAAUAUCAGGCUUCAGGGUUAUGGGAGCUGCAGUCAUCAUUGUUUCAACCCUCAAGCCUUUUGUUUCUUAUUUGUUCCAAAAUGGAUUGAUCUUGCAGGGUUUUUUUCCCUCAGUGUCUUUUUUUCAGGAGAAUAGACAGACAUCCACUGUUAGCGGUGCAAUUAAGUUUCGCCUGUGCAUCAGCAAUCUACUGUGACCGCCUAUACUACUUGCUAGAUUAUGAAGACUCUGCCCACAAAUCCUCUAUAUACUGAAUUUCACGGAAGUGUCUCCUGUUUACGUGAUUCUUCGCUUCAGAUGCUACUGUACUGUCCUUUCUCCAGGAGAAUAGACAUCCACUGUUAGCGGUAUGUGAAGCAGAACCAAUAGGCAGAGGCGCAGCUGCAGUCAGCCCGUUGUUACAUCCACUGUCACAGCUGCAGUCAGCCCGUUGCAAGUCUUGCAGCGUUCUGCAUAUAUUUUACUCAUACCCACCCAUAGCAAGUGAAGUGAGAUUCCAGGAUUUCCCCAAACCAUCGACGGACUUUAAGCAUUUUGAGGCAACAGCUAAUCCUCUGCUUGCUAGCCAGAAAUUCGUCAGUUUCUUUGGUCACGACUCUCCUUUACUUUUGCAAAGAUCAAGAGCAUUUGCUUGAUACCAUGAAUAUUCAUCUUGUUGUCAGUCUGCGAGGUAUUUACUGAGCUUAAGAAGCAAAGCCAAUUCCAACAGGACACACAAGUCAUGUAUAUGCUCCAGAUCUUCACGCCGCAACUAUGAUGUUUGUGUUCUAGAACUACAAUAAUACAUGCAGGCUUGUAGCUGCCAGCUUGUUAGACCAGAUUUCAGCCUCCAAGCUAAGUACCCCUCCUUCCCAGUUUAUAAGGCCCUCACAUAUUCUAAUAUUCAACUUUUACAAUCAAUUAUACCAAUAAUAUGCAAGUGAUCUGCCAUAAAUGGCAUGUGGCAAGCAUGUUUUUGUUAGUUAUAUAAUUACUUUAAACUUGAGAGUUGUUCCAGAAGCAUUGUCCUUGCAUCUGUAUGGAAUAAAAGCAUACUUAUCAAAUAUUAAUAACAGAAUGAGAGUAAAAGGACAGAUCAGUUUUUUUACAAGAAAAUUAAGCAUUGUAGAUCAGUGCCACCAGGAGUCCAGGAAUGGUUCGAUACUAUUUUUUGUCAUUAACAGCACUUUGAUUAAGGAAAUAGACACAUGGUCGGUGACUUCUAUUAACAUAAAUUACAAGUAACUGUAACACUUACAGAGUUAUGUUUGCUCUUUUAUAUUUCUCGAGACAAAUGCUCCAUGAAAUCCAUAUGGUACUCUAUGUGGCAAUGUUAUUUUAGCAACUGGCCCACUCUCAAAUCUCUGUGCACUGAUGAUAUGUGCCUGGAAUAUAAAUGGAUGAAGCUUCAUGAGUACUUAAAGGUUGCCAUGCUCAAUGCAUAUUUGAGUCAAGACUCCUUCAGGAAUUCCGAGGUAUGAAGUCAAGAUCUUACAAAGAAGCAGUACAUGUAUGGAUUUUACAGAUGAUGGGAAAUCUGUGUUACCUUCCUUUUCUGAUCAAGAUAUAGUUUUGCAAAACCUCCAAACUUUGGUCGCACUACAAGAGUGUAAAGAUUGCUAUCAAAAUCUACCAUCUGAUUUACUCCACGUGGUUGGUGGGAUCGUCUAUUGCAUGUAAUCCUAAUUGCAUCUAUUACUAGCAUGGGAUCCUAUACUCGUAUCUAUUUGAGGUAAGAUUGGACAAAUCCUUGGAGAUGCUCUGUUUCAAGAUUGAUGCAUGCACACAAGAGAAUAACAAUGCUUACUGGAAA